AUGGUUGUCUGCACAUAUUUCCAACAAGGCCGAUGCAAAUUCGGAGACCGUUGCAAGAAUGAGCACCCUCGCUCACAACAGACAUUCACUGGGGGCAACCGGUUUGGCGCGCUAUCAGCAGGCGGCGGCUUCAACAGUCGUGGCUUUUCAGGGCAAAAUCAGCAAUCAAAACAAGAGCCAGCAAACUACGGCAUAACCACGGCCGAUAUCAAGGCCGAUUUGACUGCUGGCGAGGGAAGACCAAUUUGGGUCUUCUCGUGUUAUGGACCUGGAAAAAAUGCUCCAAGACAACUGUUUGGAGGCCCGCAAAGAGAACAGAGCUUUGAAGAGCUCCGAUUGCGGCACUACGAAGCUGCAGCAGCAGGGAACCCAGGCCCAGCAAUACAAGAGGCUGAAAAUAUGUAUAAUGAGGCCGUGAACCAGAUGGAAGUUGUCUUGAGGAACCUGAACGCAGCCUUGAAAUAUGUGGUCGACGGAGCCAACGAACAUCCGAAUAGGAUCGAUAUCAUCAAGGGCGACACAGGCUCCGGCGUGGGGCAGACAUCAGCAUUUGGACAAUCUUCAACACCUGCAUUUCAGGGCUCCGGUUUCACUCAACAAGCACCCAGUCGGCCCGCGUUCGGCCAGCCAUCCUUUGGUCAGCCGUCUCUAGGACAGCCUUCUGGUUUCGGCCAACCGUCUUUCGGACAGCCUUCUGGCUUCGGGCAACCAAGCGCUCUAGGUGCAUCGUCUGGGUUUGGUAAGCCGGCAUUUGGUCAGCCCAGCCAACCCAGCUUUGGCAAGCCGAGCCUGGGCCAAUCCGGUUUCGGUCAGCCAUCGACGUUGGGAGGCUCUGGAUUUGGCCAAGCCUCUGAUACUGCAUCACCGUUCUCCCAGAUCUCGGCUACACCUGCCAGCGGCUUCGGCAAUGCCUCCCCAUUUGCACAAGCAGGUUCUGGCUUCGCCAAUUCAUCAACUGCCCCAGCGACGACAGGUGGCUUUGGCGUGCCUUCACAGCCAAAUAAUCCCUUCAGUCAGCCCUCGGCACCAUUUGGCCAACCUGUCCAACCGACAAAUCCCUCCCCGUUCGGUACAACAACCCAGCAGCCAGCGGCGGCACCAUCAUCAGCCUUCGGACAGCCCGCUGGUGGUUCAAUCCAAAUCUCUCAGCCUGCGUCCUCCGGGCCGGUAGGCGCUGGUCCACCUCCGUUUAUAAGAAUUGAGAACCCCAACGAACUCGCCCCUAUUCCGCCUUUGAGCGGUCCAACAACACACAACCCUAUGACGAAGAAGCUACAAACAUGGAAGGGGCAGCCUGUGCAGUAUAUCGACGAUGUGCCUUGCUACUUGCAUCCGCAAGACCGCAAGACGUAUGUUCGGAUUUUCUUCCCUGAUGGUCCCCCGGACGCUGCCAGUCUACGAGAUGCACAGGCCGAACCGGAUCAGUAUACCCCAGAGGUUACGGAGCAGUAUGAAUUCUUCAUCAAGAACGGGUAUUUCAAGGAUGGGCUUAUCCCAAGAGUACCUCCUAAGACGGAAUGGGUUAGUUUUGACUUCUAG